CGUCAUCCUUCUUUUCAACCUCACAACUACCCCAUAAUUCGAAGAAAUGCCCCGCACAGUACCUUACAAUCGUUCUCGACAGAAGUCAUGCGUCGCAUGCGCUGGAGGGAAGCGACGCUGCGACCGCCAAACUCCGCAGUGCUCACGGUGUCUUGCCCGUGGGCUGGAAUGCAUGUACAUCCGAGGUCAGCGCCAACAGCAAAGACUGCAGUCUCCCAAUAUUCUACCAAUCGAGCCACCAUCAUCACCCUCGCUGGAUGAUAUUCUUGCGGUCUUUCCGCCAGAUGACUUCACUCUAUUCAGUGAUACUGAAUUGGUCACCUCGUGGCUUACUCCUAGCCCUUCUUUAUCUGCCAUCCCAACAUUGCUCCCAGCUGGCUAUUUCCCAGAGACCUCUGUUAUCGACAAGUGGUCAACGAAGCAGCUUCUACAAAGCAUCAAGAGCUACCCGCGGAUGUUUGCUCGCUCCCGGAGGACUCCAUUUAUUCAUCAUCGCUUAUACGAAGUAUACCUCCCAGAAGCAAUUCAAGAUGCCUUCACCGUGUCGGCUUCCUACUAUACUAAAACAGCAGAGACUGAAGAUACGAUAUUACGUAUUCUGGAAGCCAAAACUGCAAAUCUUGUGAAACAGAAUCAUCAAGAGAACACUCUCGAAGAGCUUCUCGCGGCAGUGCAGGCCUUAAUAAUAUUCCACAUUAUUCAGCUUUUCGACGGUGACAUCCGACAACGCUCAAUAGCGGAGCAGAAUAUGGACACCUUACGAGCCUGGACCAUGCAGUUACAAGUUCGCACCAGUGAACUAGGCCCCACGCCAACAUGGCAGGAAUGGGUCUUUACGGAGAGUAUUCGGAGAACUAUUAUCAUUUCCAUACUGAUUGAAGGUUUGUAUUCAGUACUGAAAACGGGACAUUGUACGAUUAUUCGCGCAUUGAGUGUCCUACCCUUCACAUCUGGGACCACUUUCUGGGAUAUGACUACGGAUGCUUCAUGGCUCGCCCAGUCGCAUCGUUUGAACUCAGACACAGUACUUUACGGAGACUUUGCAAGAGCUUUCGAGAACGGACGAGUCUUGGGGAAGUUGGAUGGAUUUGAAAAAACACUGCUUGCCCCUUGUAUGGGUGAGAGGUAUAAAGAAAUGCUAAAGCUGGAGGAUUGAUGAUGUGAUUCGAUGUCAUCUCUUUUGAUCGGGUCUUAGCAUACAAUAGAACGAACGAAUUUAUGAGACUACUCUUCUCCAAGGUUUGGAAGACUUCCU